AUGUAUUUGAUCAAGUACUGUCUUUCCCUUUUUGCCAUUUGCUUUGCGGCGACGUUGCAGAAAGAGUUGGCCCUGCCCGACUCGCUAGGUGUGCCCUUCUCACCACCAACUGUGAGCUCCGUCUCCUUUUCGGGAAACGGCUGCCCCCAAAAUGGUGGUAAGAAGACCGUUUCAGGUGGAUGGCGGCAUUUUUCUUUCACACUUCCCGAUUUUGCGGCAUCAUAUGGUGGAAUCAAGCCGACAUCCGUUAACUGUGAGGCACAUAUGAGAUUGGUGGAGGGAGAGCCUGGCUGGCGAGUUGCGCUCAAGGAUGUUUGGAUCAAAGGCCAUCUAGCAUUAGACCCAGCAACGAAGUUGUCCCAAACUAUUACUACUUACUAUAGCGAUAAUGCGGCAAACACAGUUUCCACAGUUCAAACAAUCGCAAAUUCAAAUACUUCUCCCCUUACCGAAGACGUCACCCUCCAUACAGAUGUUCCACGAGAUAGCCUUCUUUGGUCACCAUGCAUAGGACCAGAUGGCUACGUUGGGAUUUUGAACGUAAAUUUUCGUAUCGCGCUCACUUCUGCAGCCACUAACUCAUACGCUUACUUCGGAGGAGGCAGGAAUGUUACUGUUAAUGAGAAAUGGGGUUGGAUUUGGAAGCGAUGUUAGAAUGUUUGACUGUAUCUACCAUAUGUCUGAUAAUUUCAGUCAUAAAUGCGAUAAUAAGAGCCAUAGGACUUCUGACUACCUAGGUGAAUAAUACACCUACAAGUGCUUGCUUCCUUUAUCUAUGUACCCACUAUCACUAUCUCCUUUGUCGGUGUCCUCAAUCUUUUGUGUAUCGUGAUUCUGUCAAGACUUGGGAUAGACUUGGGAUAUACAGUAUCGUCGUCCAUCCAUCAGGUGAUCUCACAGACCCACCGCAUGUAGUUCGUACGCUGGUAGCAUUUAGAGAGAGGUUUUGACAAAGCAAAUACACGAGUAGAAAAAGAUUUUCAUCUAUCAAUAGCCAGUCUUAUCUU